AUUUUCUCUAAAGUGCUUGCUAAUCGCUUGAAAAAUAUUCUCCAUUUGUGCAAUUCUGAACAACAAAGUGCUUUCAUACCGGGUUGAUGUAUUGUUGAUAAUAUGAAGUUGGCUUUUGAGUCCCAACAGUAUUUGAAAUGUAAGUGUCAGAGAAAGAUGUGUAUGGUGGGUCUGAAGCAUGAUAUGAGCAAGGCCUAUGAUCGUGUCGAAUGACCUUUCCUGGAGGGCAUGAUGAGGAGUCUAGGCUUUCAUGAAAAAUGGAUAGGGGUGAUCAUGGAGUGCGUCACUUCUGUCUCUUAUUCCAUCCCGUUUGAUGAUGGAGUGAUUGAGCCGAUGACACCUGGGAGGGGUUUACGACAGGGGACCCUUUAUCCCAUUAUCUUUUCUUGCUUGUGACGGAAGGCCUUAGUACCUUACUCCGUAAAUUUGAAUCCAUUGGUCGUUUGCAUGGGGUCUCAAUUGCCCGAAGGGCCCCAAUGAUUUCUCAUUUAUUUUUUGCAGACGAUAUCAUUCUUUUCUUUAGAGCUAAUCAUGAUGAGGCUUCCUUGAUUAAAGAAGUGCUGGCGGAUUAUGAAAGUGCAUAAGACCAGGUAAUUAAUUUUAAUAAAUUGAAGGUAUUUUUUAGCUCUAAUGUUGAGGCGAAUUAUCGGGAGGGUCUGAUUGAUUUACUUGGAGUUGGGUUGGCUGGGGAAGAUGAAAAGUAUUUGGGCUUGUCAGCAUUGGUAGGACGCAAUAAGAAAAAUAUUUUAAGCUAUCUCAGACAGAGAGUGAUCUCUCGAAUAAAUAGCUGGAAUAGCAAAUUCUUAUCUAAGGCUGGUAGGGAGGUUCUCUUGAAGGCUGUCAUCCAGGCUAUGCCAACUUAUUCUAUGAAUGUUUUUCUUUUGCCUGUUGAUCUUUGUUGUGAGAUUGAAAACGCUAUGUAUAGUUAUUGGUGGAAGGGUAAGGCAGGAAGAGGUAUUCACUGGAAGAAUUGGGCGUCUCUCUGUGUUCCUAAAAAAGCGGGCGGAAUGGGAUUUAGAAGACCCCGGGAUUUUAAUCUAGCCAUGUUGUCCAAGCAAGCAUGGAGAAUUUUCACGAAUCCUGACUCUUUGGUUAGUAGGGUCUAUAAAGCUAGAUAUUUUCCGACGGGGAUUUUCUUAAAGCAAAACCUGGUAGCAACCCGUCCUUUGUCUGGUACAGUUUACUUCACACCCAGACUAUUAUUCGGGAUGGCUAUUAUUGGAGAGUGGGUGAUGGUCUUUCCAUCAAUAUUUGGGAGGAACCGUGGCUUCCAGACAGAGAAAAUCUGAGGAUUAUUUCAGAGAAGUGUGAGGGGCUGCAGGAGGUGGUGGUGGCAAAUUUGUUUGCUGUAAAUCAGAGAGCUUGGGAUAUGGAUGUCAUCGGGGAUAUUUUUGAGGCUAGAGACGCAGAUAUCAUUCGGGGCAUACCUUUGAGAAGGAAUCCAAUAAAGGAUUCUUUAUGUUGGCGAUGGGAGGAAAGCGGGAAUUUCUCGGUGCGCAGUUGCUACCAGAAAAUUGUGGGCGACCUGGGAGGACUUUCUGAUACGGAAUGUACCGGUAUGUGGGAGUUUAAACUUCCACCUAAAAUUAAAUUGUUUUUUGGCAGGUAUGUAGCGGUUGCCUUCCUUUGAGAUUAAAUUUGCAGGUUCGUAGAGUUGAAAGCUCGGAGCUUUGUGGAUUAUGCGGAGCUGGUGCCGAAUCUUUGGAGCAUCUUUUUAUACAUUGUGCUGCUGCCCAGGAUUUAUGGAGAAACAUGCACUGGCAGUGGACUUUUGGGGUGGAUUUUUGUUUCUUGGAUCAAGUUAACAAGGAAUUCAAGACUAAGAAGAUGGAGGAGCUAGAGAGGUUGAUCUGGGGUUGCUGGGCGCUAUGGAACGAGCGCAACCAACGAGUUUGGACGGGCAAAUCCUCAUCGUCGCAGCUGGCUAACCGGGCUCGUGUGCUGGUGGAUGGCUGGAAGCAGGCGCAGAUGCAGAUCUUACGAGGAAGGAGGCAGCAGGUCAAGCAACAGAGCAGGAUUUCCUGACCCAGACCAGCUCUUGGCUUCUAGAAACUGAACGUUGAUGCAACAAUCAGGCCGGACAACUGCGGUCUAGGCUGGUGCCUCCAAGGUGACGAUGGCCAGUUCAUUGCUGGAGUGUCCAAGGAUUGGCCGGGAAGAUUAAUGCCAUUAGGCGCUGAGUUGGUCGGGAUUAGAGAGGCUUUGAGUUGGUUGAAAGAUUUUGGCGGGACUUCAAUCAAGGUAGAAUCCGAUGCUUCGGGAGCAAUCUUUGAAAUUCUAAACGGAUCAAGUUAUUCAUUAGUGGGUCUGCUAAGAGAAGACAUUAAUAUGUCCUCUUGCCGCUUGAUAGUUCAUAACUCAUGAAAAUUUGACUCACUUUUUGAAUAUAGAGAUUAAUGCAUAAAGUUCAGAUUUGGGAAGGGGGUUGGAGCAUAAACCAAAGUUUAGAAACCUUUGAUAUAUAUCAAUAUUUUUAAAAUUGCA